AAUAUUCCAGCAUUAGUUUGUGCAGAUUUUGAUUAUUCUUGGGUGGAAUCUAAUUUUAUGUGAAAUCCUCACAAUAACACCAAAAUCAUCAAAGACCUGAAUCGAUGCUUUGAAAUUUGGCACGCAAGCACUGCGACGCACAUCUCACUGUGCCCCUGUCAGUGUACGUCGCACGGAGUGGAGGACGCCAAAGAAUAUUAUAAGACGGGAAGAGACGAUCAAGUCGGACAUGGAUGAAUCCAAAAGGGGAAGAUGUGGCUCGACGAGUAGGAGUCGCGGAUGGCGCAAGCCGAAGUGUUGUCGAGCGGUCAACAUCCGUAAUCCCUCGACAGCGAGGGCUGUCAAAUUCAACGAUUCUUUGUCUUCAUCGCGAGGAUUGCAUUUGCGAGAAGAAGCCCGGAAAGAUCUCCCUCGGUGACCCGGUCCUCCAAAAGCAGGCAUCUCGAAAACUACCGGACAAGACUCUGCUGUCAUAUGUUGAGGUCCGUCGUCCAUUUCUUCACUGUACGAUCUUGUUUUCUGAGCCUGGCACAGUUGGUGGAAACGGCACAUCCUGUGUUGAAACAAGGCAGACAAGAAAGAGGAUUAUGAAUCACCUGGUGAGAAAUCCAAGGGAAUGCCUAUCUAAAACCAGGAGCUCAACUUCCAUAAACGCAGAAGGAACGAAGCCCUUGUCCACGUCAGGAAAGAGUACAAAAGAAACAGCUCUAGAUUGAUGACCCAGAAGCGGUUUGAAGCAGAGGACUAAAGACCGGGAGUGUGCAGGGGAAUGCAAAGGUCCACAUGUUGUAUAAUAAUAUUCGUGACGGUAAGCAGUAGAGAGAAUUUAAUAAGGACCGAAACAAAAGAUCUGAUGAUAUAGAACUUCCUCUAAAAGAUACGGAAUUGGAUGGUGUUUGUCGAUUUCUCGUGUGCUGUUAUGUAAAGAGGAUCAAUCUUAUAACCCUGGCAAACUCUUAGCGCUUACACAAGAAGAUUGUUAGAGAUCUUCUGUGUCAUUAGCAACUUGCAUGCAUGAAGUAGUGCGCUGCUUAUGUGGGAGGAGAUGGCAAAUGCAAAACAGCUAGCUGGUUUUAGUAGACAACACUCAUCACAAGCGGUCUAAAAGACAAACGAUUACACCGAUGCCAUUCUAAGAAAAGUGUACGUAGAAUAAGUCACAUGAGAACAGCGAGAGUGUGAAUCACAUUGAAAUUUUAUCCGUUCAAUAAACAA